UUUCAGGCAAUGUCUGCUCACUUCGAUGAGAGGAGUGGGGUGGUCCCCUGUCAAACACCAUGGGGUUGCUGGUAUCAGACCAUGGAAGAGGUGUUCAUUGAAGUCAAAGUACCCGAUGGGACCCUUGCCAAAGAAGUCCAGUGCAAAUUGGGAAGUCGGGAUAUUUCACUGGUUGUGAAGGGAAAGGACAUACUUAAGGGGAAGUUGUUUGAUUCUACAAUAUCCGACGAAGCAACAUGGACUCUAGAGGAUAGGAAACUAAUAAGGAUAAUCCUAACAAAAACAAAUCGGGAUGCUGGCAAUUGCUGGACCUCUUUAUCAGAAGGGGACUAUUCCGCAGACCCAUGGAUCCAGGAUGAGAUGCAAAAGAAGCUUACACUGGAAAGAUUUCAGAGAGAGAAUCCAGGCUUCGAUUUCAGCGGGGCAGAAAUAUCAGGGAACUACAGCAAAGGGGGACCAGACUUCUCAAAUCUACAAAAGUGAAGGAGAGAGACGAAAAGCCAGCAUUAUUUAUGUAGGAUAAUUCCAGGGAUCUGAUCCCUAAAGAUAUCAUUGGUUGUUUAUAAGUAAUUUUGCCAAAGUCAGUUACAAAACUUUUAUUAUUUUCUGUAUUUUCUAUGGCACCAUAAGUCUUUGCCAUUAGCCAACUGAAUGCACUCUUCAGCAAAAUGGCUUUUUUUAAUAUUAUUAAAAAAGAUUGAAUGUG